AGUUGAGUUUGGUGAAAGGGGCCGACUCUUUUUGUUUUGACUUGUAAAAACCCGCUCGAUAACCGCUCAGCUCAGAGAGAGAGGGCAAGUGGAAGCAGAAGCCAGCCGCGAAAAGCUCGGUCCUUCUUCGCGAUCCAAGCCUGUGUACUGGUAAUCUUCUACAUUCUUCAGCUAGGGUUUUGUACCGCAUCAUCGUCUUCUACGCCUCUUGAUUUUCUCUAGGUUCGAUUUCUGAGCCCUAAAAAAUGCUUCCUCUUUCUUUGCUCAAGACUGCCCAAGGGCAUCCUAUGUGGUAGAACUAAAAAAUGGGGAGACUUACAAUGGGCAUUUGGUCAACUGUGAUACUUGGAUGAACAUCCAUCUUCGAGAAGUUAUUUGUACCUCCAAAGAUGGAGAUAGGUUUUGGAGAAUGCCUGAAUGCUACAUCCGUGGGAAUACUAUUAAGUAUCUUAGGGUUCCCGAUGAGGUGAUUGACAAAGUCCAGGAAGAAACCAAGAAUCGUUCAGAUAGGAAACCACCUGGAGUAGGUCGUGGAAGAGGAAGAGGUAGGGAGGAUGGUCCUGGUGGACGACAGGCUAAAGGCAUUGGACGUGGCUUGGAUGAUGGUGCUAAAGGUGCUGGUGGAGGCCGAGGCAGAGGUGGACCUGGUGGGAAGGCCGGAGGAAGCAGAGGUGGGGGUCGAGGCCGAGCUUGAUUCAGCUUAGAUGGGCAAUUUGCUACUUUUAAAGGCAUUUAUUUAGCCCAACGCUUGUGUCAACUGCUGGGUUUUUGUCGUUGUAAGGAAGGCUUCUUAUCAUGGUAAUGCAAUUUAUAUGGAAUGGUUCUUUCAGUAAAAACGUAGCCGAUGUGUUUCUGUUCUGUAAGAAAUGUUUGAAAAUUUGACGUUGACGAUAUAUAUUCAUCUUUCACUCUUAUUACAA